UUGGAAAACGAAGAAGCAGAGGAGGAAGAAUAAAUUCGUGUAUUUUUAAUCUGUUUGUAGCAACAUGUGAGAGAUGUUCCCGAUUCACAGAGUUUGACAUGACCACCUUGAUAGAAAAGAGAAGAACAAACUCCAGGUGCAGCAGCUGAAGUCUGUGUCAUACUGUGGUAAAGAUGGAGUUUAUUAAAGAGGAGAUUGAAGACGCGCGUGAUCCAGAACCAUCCAGAAUAAAACACGAAGAUACUGAGAAACAAACAGACCAGAUGGAACCCGAAGAACCGAACAAAGAGGAAGAGAAACGCGAGUCCAGCACUCAGAAAACACAAACUGAACACACCUGCUCACAGUGUGAAAAGAGUUUCAAGCGCAAAGAAUACCUUAAAAGGCACAUGUUAGUCCACGCUGGAGAGAAACAGUACACAUGCACUCAGUGUGGAAAGAGUUAUUCACGACCGGACACUUAUAAACGGCAUCAGAGAACACAUAAUAAAGAGAAACCGAAGAAAAAAAACACGGGCAGUAUUAAAAAUCACCUAAACGUGCACGCUAAAAGAAAGUCAUAUAACUGUGAUCAGUGUGGAAAAGAUUUAAAGUCAUUGUCAGGUCGCAGUCGACACAUGAAGUUGCAUAGAAAUGAGAAGCCUUAUUCCUGCUCUUACUGUGGAAAGAGUUUUAGACAGCUUGGUCAUUGUAAACAACACCAGAUAAUACACACCGGUAAGAGAGAUCAUGCGUGUCGUGAGUGUGGAAAGUGCUUUAUUGCAGCUGGUGAUUUAAAAAGGCACUUAAAAAUUCACAUCGGAAAAAAACCUAACAAGUGCUCAUACUGUGACAAGAGUUUCAUUCGGCCUGAACACCUGAGAAUACACGAGCGAGUUCACACUGGAGAGAAACCGUAUCACUGUAUUCGGUGUGGAGAGAGUUUCAAACGCGUGCGUAGUCUGGUGAGUCACACGGAGAAACACUGUCACAGUGAGCAGGUCUUAUCUACAGAUUGAAUGCUUUUAAAAUCAAUUACACGAUAUGAGAUUCAGAUAAUGCAUGCAUGAAGUUUGUCAUUGCAUUUUAUUUUUUUAUGCAUGGAUAUGACUUUAUAAAUUAAAAUAAAUUUGGUUAAUUCCUUUAAAUGUAUAUGGGUUCUGUACAGAAGGAAAUUUAUUCGACACUUAUGUAAUGCAAUGUAUAAAUCCCUUAUUAUAGUUUUUUUAUGUUUUAAUCUGUUCUUCUAAUUCAGAGACAGGAGCAUUUUAAAAUCACUUUCAAAGGUGAUGAAUUUGCU